UUGGUUUGCACUGUUCAUCGAAGAUUGCACUAGGGAGUUUGAUUGACAGCGAGCGGGGCGCGGAUUCUCGGAACUCUCCACAACCCCCAACCAGAGGCGGCGAGCAGGCGCAGUUUGCAGCGAGUCGGUGCAGCUUGUGCAGCGGAGAUUCAGAGCAAGAUGAACCGGUGCGAAAGCCGCAAGAGACGGAGAUCCUUCAGCCCGGACAGAGGCAGCCCCGAGCCGGGAGUUUUGCAGCCGAGAAAAUCGAAUUACCAGGAAUGGGACGUAGAGGAUGUUUGCCGCUUCCUGCGGAUGAAAGGCCUGGGAAAGUUCGAGCAGUUAUUUAGAGAUGAAAAGCUAUCCGGAGCAGCCCUGCCCUUUCUGACAGAUCUCGAUUUGGACCAACUGGGCGUGAGCCCCCUGGGAGACCGUUUAAAAUUGAUCAACUGCAUUGAUACGCUCUGGCAGAACCCGAUUGAUGCGAAGGUGUUCAACGACCCAAUUCACGGCCACAUUGAGUUGCACCCACUGCUCGUCCGCAUCAUUGACACCCCGCAGUUCCAGAGGCUCCGCUUCAUUAAGCAGCUCGGAGGGACCUACUUCGUCUACCCUGGGGCUUCCCACAACCGCUUUGAGCACUCCAUCGGUGUGGCACAUCUGGCAGGACAGCUGGUCAAAGCUCUGUGUGGUCGACAACCAGAACUUCGGAUUAACCACCGAGACAUCCUGUGUGUUCAGAUCGCCGGACUCUGCCACGAUCUAGGUCACGGGCCCUUCUCGCAUUUGUUUGAUGGAAAAUUUAUUCCUCUGACGCGGAAAGAUCUGAAAUGGAAGCAUGAAGAUGCUUCGCUAACCAUGUUUGAGCACCUGAUCACCUCCAAUGGGCUGGAAGCAACGUUGCUGAGCUAUGGCUUGGUGUUACCUGAAGACCUGAAAUUCAUAAAGGAACAGAUCCGAGGUCCGGCAACAAGAGGUGACAGAGUGGGGGUCGAUCCUAAGGGCUCGGAGUGGCCGUACAAAGGCCGUCCCCGGGAGAAAGGAUUUCUGUAUGAAAUUGUUGCCAAUAAGCGGACCGGGAUUGAUGUCGAUAAGUGGGAUUACUUUGCCAGGGACUGUCACCACCUGGGGAUCCGGAACAACUUUGACCUUGAACGCUUCCUCAAGUUCGCUCGAGUUUGUGAAGUCGGCAAAAGGAAGCACAUUUGCACUCGAGAUAAGGAGGUUGGGGACCUGUACAACAUGUUUCACACACGCAACACGCUACACCGCAGGGCCUAUCAACACCGAGUGGGUAACAUCAUCGGCUGCAUGAUCACUGAGGCGAUGGUGCUGGCAGAUCCACACAUCCAGAUCAGCGGAGCAGGUGGGAAGAUCUAUACAAUCUCCACAGCAAUAGAUGACAUGGAGGCUUACACCAAGCUCACAGACAACAUCUUUGAACAGAUCCUGUAUUCCUCCAAGCCUGAGCUGUGGGAGGCACGAAAAAUCCUGAACAAUGUGCUUUGCCGUAGGUUGUACAAGUGGAUCGGGCAGACGCAGCCCGCAGCAGAGGCCAUGAUCGAACAGGAAGAAUUUAACGAGCUGGCUAAUCAAAUAGCUGCAGUUGCCCCAUCGACGUCUCUGGAGGUCAAACUUGGUCCAGAAGAUUUCAUUGUGAAUGUUGUUCAGAUGGACUACGGGAUGGCAGAAAAAGAUCCCAUUAACAAGGUCCGUUUCUACUGCAAGAAUAACCCCAAUCGGACAAUCAAAAUCCGUAAAGACCAGGUAUCUCAGCUGCUGCCAGAGAGGUUUACAGAGCAGCUGAUCCAGGUGUACUGCAAGAAGAGCGACGACCAGAGUUUGCAGGCCGCCAGGAAACAAUUUGUGCAGUGGUGCAUCAACAGAGACUUCACCAAACCCCGGGACGGUGAUAUAGUUGCCCCUGAGCUGACACCACUGAAGCCCGAUUGGAACAACUCUGACGGUGACAGCGACGACUCUAAUCCCUGGGAUGAACUUCAGUCUCAACGUCAGGCAAAUAGUCACAGGUCCUUGGCCAAGGCUUUUGAUUAGGAAGAUUAUUCUCUGAAUCCCAGGAUCAUUUCUCUCCAGUCCUAAUAUGUCCAUUCAUGUACAGUUCUUUUUGUACCAGUUACAUAAUUGCAGCCAGUUCUUGGUUGAAUUGAUUUUGGCAAUCUGUAUGUCCAUAACUAACUAGUUUAGUUUAGAGAUACAGCAUGGAAACAGGCCCUUCGGCCCACUGAGUCCGCGGCGACCUCUUCACACUAGUGUGUAGGAAAGAACUGCAGAUGAUGAUUUAAAUUGAAGGUAGACAAAAUGCUGGAGUAACUCAGCGGGACAGGCAGCAUCUCUGGAGAGAAGGGAUGGGUGACGUUUCGGGUCAAGACCCUUCUUCACACUAGUUCUACGUUAUCCCACUUUCUCUUCCACUCCCGACACGCCAGGGACAAUGUAUAGUGGGCCAAUUAACCUACAAACCCACACGUCUUUGGAAUGCAGGAGAAAACCAGAGCAAACCCACGCGGUCACAGGGAGAAUGCGCAGACUCCACAUGACAGCACCCAAGGUCAGGAACAAAUCGUGUCUCUGGUGUUGUGAGACAGCAGUUCCACCAGAGACACGUGCUCGUUGGUAGGUUCAUAAGGGCCGUUGCCCUUAAGUGUGCAUGGGCCGCAGGGGAUUUGUGGAAGGUUAAUGGGCAUGUGCGAGAAUAUAACAAAAUAAUUAGAAAUUGGCCAAAGGAAACAGUGGGGAAAUGUGUGUGACUGCGUUGAGAGCUGGCAUGAAUGGGUCUUUCUGCAGUAUAUGGAAAUAAUAUGGACCUGCUUAUUCUUUUAAUGUGGAGACACAACGAACUGCAGCUGCUAAAAUCUUGAGCAAAACAGAAAGUGCUGGAGGAAAUACAGACCAGUCGAAAGAUGGAUCCCGACCGGAAUUGUCAUCUGUCCAUUCCCUCCACGGAUGCUGCCUGACCUGCUGAGUUCCUCCAUCACUUUAUUUUUAGUCUUUUUGUUUUAGUCUUGGAGAUACCCCGCAGCGGUGGAGUUGUUGCGAUACAGCACCAGAGACCGACCUGGGUUCCAUCCUGACUACGGGCGCUGUCUGCACGGAGUUUGCACGUUCGCCCUUUGACCGCAUGAAUUUUUUCCGGAUGCUUCGGUUUCCUCCCGCACUCCAAAGACGUACAAGUUUGUUGGUUGAGUGGCUUUGGUAAAAUUGUAAAUCAUCACUAGUGUGAAGGAUAGUGUGGGUGUACGGAGAUUGUGGCUGGCGCAGACUCAGUGUGCCGAAGGCCCUGUUUCCGUGCUGUAUCUCUAAUAUAAACAAAACUAAAAUAAUGUGGAAAUGGGCCCUUCAGCCCACCGAUCUCACUCUAACCAUCGAUCACCCGUUCACACUAGUUCUGUGGAUGGGCCACAGGGUCAAGUGGCCAAACGCUCCUUGAACUUAUGAAACCAGAGCACCCGGAGGAAACCCAUGCGGUCACAGGGAGAAUGUACAAACUCUGUACAGACAGCACCCGUAGUCAGGAUAGAACCAGGGUCACUUGCGCUGUGAGGCAGAAACUCUACCGCAGCACCAUUGUGCCGCCUCCUGUGUUUUAUCCUUAUACUAUGACACAGGUUCUCGACACGAUGCAUCAUAUGAGCUUUCUGAAAUGCAAGAUGCAUGUCAACAAAUGUUCACAAACAUUUUGUUUUUGUAUGUGCUUUGAUCAACCCAGAUGAAAUAGGUUGGACGUUUGCCACUGUCUGAGCUGUAGAUAGGGUCAUACAGCAUGGAAACAGGCCCUUCGGCGUCAGUUGGCGUAGACUAGAUGGGCCGAAGGGCCUGUUUUCACGGUGUAUCUCUAAACUAAAUUGCCAACUGCUCCAAUAAAUCAGGUCAUUCCCUGUUGGAUUGGAGAGUGCCCUAUUUUUAUCCACUAACUCGAUCCUUGGAAAUACUUUGUGUGAAUUUUGUGCCGAUAGGAAGAGUAAAGGCACAACUUUCUGCUCUGUUGAUAGCGGCUUGCAUUUACGAAGAAUUCUCAAUUGAUGAGAGACUGUAGUCCGUAAACUAAAUUAUUUUCAGGUGAAUUUAAAGGGUGUGGUGUUGUCGGAGGAACAAUCAGACAAGAUUUAUAGGAUUGACAGUCAAUGUUUGACUUUUGGACUUGGGAUAAGAGUUUUAAUCGGAGAUCAAUGAACAACCUGAAGGACAGUUUAUUUCUCUGACGGCUUGUGCAAGUGGCCCCAGUUGUGCAGGAUUUAUUGAGAGAAAGCUGCUUACGCAUGCAAUUGCAUUUCUUCUGUGAGGAAGAAUAGCACGCACUUGCACAAUGUAUUUUCAACUGUUAUGAAUAACCAUAAUGGCACUGUGGCACAGCUGGGUUCGAGCCCGACCUCGGGUGCUGUCUGGGUGGAGUUUGCACGUUCUCCUUGUGAACGUGUGGCUUUACGGAUGGUGCUCCAGUUUCUUCCCACAUCCCCAAGAUUUGCGGGUUAAUUGACCCUCUGUAAAUUGGUGCUGGUGUACAGGGAGAGGCUGAGAAAGUUGGACAACAGAACUAGCGUGAACAGCUGAUGGAUGAUCAGCAUGGACUCGGUGGGAUAAAGGGCCUGUUUCCAUGGUGUACCACGAAAAUCUAAACUAAACUAUGUGUUACUUUUGGCGUGAGUAGAAUACUUUAAGAAGUCAGAGAGACAGGGAACUGCAUAUGCUGGGAUCUUAAGUAGAACACAAAGUGCUGGAGUAACUCGGCGUUUCAGGCAACAUCUCUGGGGAACAUUGAUAGACAAUGUUUUGGGUCGGGACCCUUCUUCAAACUGAAGGAGGGUCCAAACUGAAAACAUCACCUAUUCAUAUUCUCCAGAGUUGCUGCCUGACCUGCUGAGUUACUCCAGCACCUUGAUUUCUAGGGGGCAAAUUCGACUCUCCGAUCGGCCGUGCCAGUCCAGAUGAGGUCGAGAUCGGCCGCCUGGUCUGACCUGGCCCAGGCACCAAAUCUUCGGAGAAAUUUCCAGGCGGGGUUUUCAAGUCCAUUCUCGUAUUUUUGUCCGGUUUAAAGGAGGCACUGGACCAUCAGUUGUUGGAAAAUUGGUGGUGGACCUGUACUUCAAGAAGACGGGUGUAGAAGCAUCACACAGAGAUUCUGAUCAUGUCAUGGCUUAAAGGUUCUAGGCAAGAUAAAAUAUCACUGUAGCAAGGCAAAGCACUAUCAAGAAUUUUGACUCAAUCUGAUGAAUAUAUCGAACCUUUCAGUAUCUACAGGUUUGAUUGGGGAAUAAAACAAAAUGCUUACAGUUCAUUGCAUUAUUUCAGGUCUUGAUUUAAAGGCAUGGGAGAAAUACUAUGAGUAACAAGAUCAAGGACUUUAAAGCAUUUUUCUUGAGUUGCAAUAGGUACCAGACUCCACUUUAUCAAUCUGCAACCUAUUGAUUUGGAAGCUUAUGACAGUUGCCAUAGUGCAGUUGGUGGAGCUGCUGCCUCACAACGCCAGAGACCCAGGUUCGACCCUGACCUUGGGUGCUGUCUAUGUGGAGUUUGCUUGUUCUCCCUGGGACCACGUGGGCUUCCUCCAGGUGCUCCAGUUUUCUCCCACAUCCCAAAGACGAGCAGGUUAAUUGGUCCUCUGUAAAAUUGCCCUGAAUGGAUAAGAAGGUGAGAUAACAUAGAACCAAGUGGACAAAAAUCAUGGAAAACUCAGCGGGUGCAGCAGCAUCUAUGGAGCGAAGGAAAUCAACAACGCUUCGGGCCAAAACCCUUCUUGAGACAUAACAUAGAACUAACGUGAACAGGUAAUCUUUGACGUUUCUUUUCCUUUCUGUGCUGUGUGGAAACAGGCCCUUCGGCCCACCGAGCCUGCACUGACCAGUGAUCACCCGCCUAUACUAAUACUAUACAACACACGAGGGACAAUUUAAUAUCUUGCAAAAGCCAAUUAACCAACGGAUCUGCUCGUCUUUGGAAUGUGGGAGGAAACCCACACAACCACAGUGUAAUGCCCACACAGUGCACCAAUAGCCAGGAUCAAACCCGCGUCUCUGGCACUGUGAGGCAGCAGCUUUGCUACUGUGCCUCCCAGGUUUCCACACUGGGGGGAAAAAGGUUUGACUUUCAACCUUAUCUGGGCCUCCCAUAAUUUUAUAUACUUUUUAUACUUUUAAAAAGUAGUAUUAGCAAAUGGCUCAUCUGUUUUUUUUUUCUGGGAAGAGUGCUAUCCUUCAAUGAUAACUCUCUUCUGGUAUUAUGUGUAUAAAUCUCCAUUCUGUUUACAACAUAAUUUUUGAGUGGCGCUUAUCAAAAUUCAGUGGAAGUUUCAACUGCAAACAAUUUGUUCACUUUGUGUUGUUUUUCCCCACAUUCUCACUCCACCGUAGACGCGAAAUCCCAAAUCUUAUUCCAUGCCUUGCGUAAUAUUGUGGGGGGAAAAAACAUAUCCUGUCGGCACUUUCAAACAUUUUGCUGUAAUCAUGGUUUAAAUUAGCCUUCGGAUGGUUUUCAGUUGUAAUUAUGCAAUGAUGGUCUACGUUGACUGCAGCUUUGAUGCUGAGACGAGGUCAGUUUAAUCUGCAGUUAAGCAAGUUGUGUUAAGAUCAGAAUCAAAGCAUGUGCUCAUAUUUGUCAAUUGGUGUCUGGUCAAGAUGAUGGCUUAUUUGUUCAGGAGACUUUUCGGUUUGUAAGUGCUAACUUACUACGAUUCCAGUUGUCAGAAUAGUGAAUAAUGUCUCCAUUUAGGUUAACAUUUCAAUCAGUUAAAAACUUGUAUGAGCAAAUGCAUUGUUGUGAAAAACACAAUUCUGACACAUUAAAGUGGCUUAAAAUCCU